AUGGCCAAUAUCUCCACGCCCCGCCCGCCAUGGAAUAUCACCCUCCUCCACGAAAAUGCCACGUCCGAAGAAAUCAUUGCCCUGCCGUGGGUCAACAGCCCCAAUAUCCGCGGUACCAUGGAUAUCUUACAGAGUUGCAUCCUGACCCUGGUUGCGUGCAUCUACACAGCUCUCCAUCUCGACGUGCCGAAAAGGACAUCGAGCUGGCGCCUAUUUCUCACGAAAUUGAAAUGGGUCGCGAUUACUCUCUUUGUACCUGAGCUUCCUGUUUUCAUGGCGGCUGAUCAGCUCCAUCAGGCAUGGAAGCUUCGGCAGGAGCUUUGUGAGUUGAAGAAGAGGGACGAAUCCAGCAACGUGAAUUUUGAAAUUGAUCUCCGAUAUUGCUUCUUCAUGAUCAUGGGAGGGGUCUGUCUAGACGUCCACGAUAUUAUCUCCAUGCCAGACCUUGACAUCGAGGCCAUCCCGCACUUCAAAGACGACGGAGGUCGGAGAUCGGUCCGGCCAAGCCCUGAAACCGUAUCCUGGCUUGCCAAGCAAAACAUCUGGAUAGAGGUCUCACAAAAGACCAUCGAUGACAAGAGCAAGGCCGACAUCUUUCAAAAGAUCCUCGUGGUUAUCCAGGUGCUAUGGAUGGUGACGCAGUGCAUCACUAGAAGCGUGUACGGUCUGCCGUUGACCUUGCUGGAGAUCCAUACCAUGGUCCAUGUGGCGUGUGCCGUCUUUCUCUACAUCUGCUGGUUUCGGAAACCGCUCAACGUCCAGGAACCCGUCAUCUACGAGGGUGGGUCACUCACAGGAGAGAUCGCUCUGAAAAUUGAGCAUCAAUUCUACGCGGACAUGAAGUACCUGCUCGCCCUCUUUCCACCUCGCACGCACCCGCACCAGGCUCCUCCUAAAGGACCGCACGGCAUGAAGAUGCGCUGGGACCAAAAGAACGCUGAGCCUGAUUAUGGCGAGGUUCCCGUGACCGAACAGUUUCUUCAUCGUUGGGACUGCAUUCUCAAAAGAUAUGCAUUUGAAGACUGCGAGCGGUUGUCAAGAGAGAGGAAAAUCACACUAUACCCAAACGACUUUCUUGGAGUAGAUCCCAGGCCCGUCCCAUGCAUGGACGAGGACCCUCCAACGCCGUAUCUAGCGCUCUUGGACGAGUUCACUCCCUUCAGAAAGACCACUUUCAAAAAUAUUCCAUUUGCUGAGGGCAAGGACAAUUUCGACAUCAAGUUUCUCGAUAUGCUCGGGGGAAGAGUCACUCUACAGCCGGCCGACUUCUUCAGGAUCUGCUGGCAGAUCCCCGAGCUCAUGGCUCUCGCCGCUGCUCUCUCGGGCAUGUACGGGGGCGUCCACCUCACGGCAUGGAACUGGACGUUCCCCACCUACACCGAGGAUCUUCUCUGGAGAGUCAGCUGCUUGUGCGUAGCCGUCGCAUUGCCUGCCUUCUUCUGCGCUAGUUGGGUGCUCGUUGGCAUUAGUGUCACUCUCGUGGAGCCAUGUUUUGGUCUCCGGAAGAAAUGGGCAUCACGGGCAUUUAAGGACCCGCUUCGGGUUUACUCGGCUUGUGUUGCAAUCAUAUACGUCUGCUGUAGGGUCUUUAUCGUUGUCGAGGCUUUUGUGGCAUUGAGGCAGGUUCCUGUGGGAGUCUACAUAUCGCCUUCAUGGGUUCAGAUGGUGCCUCACUUCUAA